GAUCGAAAAUUGAACUGUCAGAAGUUACGUUUUGUAAAUAUUUACCUCAAAAUCAUAAAAUUCUCGAAAAUCUUUGUUUGGAAAUGAUGAUUUAACAAAAAUGGGAAAUCAACUUGUAGGAAUUGCUCCAUCCCAGAUAUAUCCGGUCGAACACUACCUAACGGAUCUUCCUGAAAUAAAAUUCGAUACAAGUUUAGGUAGCACGCGUUUCUUUAAAGUCGCACGCGCCGAGUCUCAAGAGGGAUUGAUAGUUGUUAAGGUGUUUGCCAUUCACGAUCCUACCUUACCGUUGCAGCCAUAUAAAGAAUGUCUGGACGAUAUUCGCAUCAAACUGUCAUCUGCCGUGAAUUGUUCGCCAUUCCAAAAAAUUGUCGUUACAGAAAAGGCCGGACUGAUAAUGAGGGAGUACGUUAAGUACAGCUUGUACGAUCGUAUAAGUACCAGACCAUUUUUAACGAACAUCGAGAAACGUUGGAUAACGUUUCAAGUGUUAUACGCAUUACAUCAGUGCCAUAAGGUUGGAGUUUGCCACGGCGAUAUUAAAUUAGAAAAUAUUACUGUGACUUCGUGGAAUUGGGUGCUGCUUGUGGAUUUUGCGUCCUUUAAACCUACAUUCCUACCCGAAGAUAAUCCGGCGGAUUACUCGUACUUUUUUGAUACAUCCAGGAGACGUACUUGUUACAUAGCUCCGGAGAGGUUCAUUAAAACUUUAAGUUCGGAAAGUACAUCGCUGUUUAACGAAGCUCCCUGUAAUUUAGGCGAGCUUAAACCUGCAAUGGAUAUAUUUUCAGCUGGCUGUGCUUUAUUAGAGUUAUGGAACGAAGGGCAUGCCCCCUUUGACCUAUCCCAAUUGUUAGCAUAUCGUUCUAACGAGUAUUCUCCACAACGACAUCUGGACAAAAUCGAAGAUGCCGCACUGCAAUCACUGCUCGCGAGCAUGAUUCAACGAAAUCCCGCGCACAGAUUAUCCGCCGAACUGUAUUUGUCACAGGAGCGCGGAAAACUAUUCCCAGAGUAUUUCUACACGUUUCUCCAGUCGUACAUGCAGAUGUUUUCGGCGAGUCCCAUAUUAUCGCCGGACGAAAAGAUUGUUAGAUUAAAGAACGAUAUUAGGAAUAUUUUUAAAUUUUUACAUCCAAAACACGAUGGGGACUUUGAGGACGAUGCUGAGGAGAAUGAGAAAUUAAGGGAUGAUAAUGGUUUGGUAAUAAUAACGGCAUUAGUUACUUCGUGUGUGAGAGGCUUACAUGACUGUACGUCUAAGCUCUUGGCUUUGGAGAUAUUGCUCGAGCUUGCAUCACAUGCGAAUGAAGAAACAAUUUUGGAUAGAAUUUUACCUUACAUUCUGUAUUUUGCCCAAGAUUUGAAUGCCAGAGUGAAGGUGCUGGCAAUUAAUGUUAUAACUCAAUGCUUAAACUUAGUUAAACACAUUCCACGAUCGGACGCGAACAUUUUUCCCGAAUACAUUUUACCCGGUCUAGCUCCUUUGGCGAUCGACCCUAGCGUUAGCGUACGUGCGGCGUAUGCACAAAAUAUAGCGACACUAGCCGAAAUAGCGUUAAGAUAUCUCGAGCAGACGCAAACAGAUUGGUGCGAUAAGACGAAUUCGAGUAAACAAAAAGACGUUCCUCAUAUUAAUUACGAAAUUGAAUUGCAAACGCUACAUGACAUGGUGCGACAGUCGGUCAGCGCACUUUUGACGGAUAGUCAAACGUUGGUUAAGCAAACCCUUAUGGAAAAUGGAAUUACGAAAUUGUGCGUGUUUUUUGGAAAGCAGAAAGCAAAUGAUGUACUUUUAUCGCACAUGAUUACAUUUUUGAAUGACAAGGAAGACAAGGAGCUGCGAGGAUCUUUUUUUGACUGCAUUGUUGGCGUAUCCGCGUAUAUCGGAUGGCAUUGUUCGGUUAUUCUUACACCACUAUUGCUGCAGGGUUUGACAGACUGUUCGGAAUUUGUUACUACGAAAAGCAUUCACGCAAUGUCUGCUUUAACCGAAUUGGGUUUAAUAACGAAACCCGGUUUAUGUGAACUAGUAUCUGAAUGUUCCUGUUUUCUAGUUCAUCCUAGUUUGUGGGUACGUCAGGCCGUUGCCGGUUUUGCGGCAACUGCUGCGAAAACCUUGUCUGUGUUGGACGUCCAAUGUAAAAUAAUGCCGCUUUUACAACCUUACAUGAGAUAUCCACUAAUCCAAAUAGAUCGACCUGAACUUCUAUUGGAAUCACUUGUUAGUCCCAUUCACAGAAAUGUCUACGAUAAUGUGAUUAAAUAUUCCGACAUUGAGCUGUUAUUAGACACUUUAAGAGAACGGCAGAAUGCUAGAUUAAUUGCCAGCUCUGGAAGAAUUCCGAGUUACACUGAAAUGAGGCAGUCGUUAAAAACUGUAUGUUUAUUUAGGCGCUUGGAAGCAGAUGGUAUGUGCCCAUCAGUCGAAGACUAUUUACUUACAAUGAGCAAUCAUUUAAAAAAAAUUCACAAACACAAAACAAGCGCAGACGCUAAGCACAAUAAACAAAGUGAAGGAAAAAUUGAGAUCACCACCCCCAUACGUACUCACGUUUAUCAUUUAAGUGACGCGAGGAAUAAGGCCGACUUGUUGCAAAACCGUAGAGCUCGUCGUCUUCCAUCCACGUCUCCCAUUGAAGCGAACCCCAAUUUAGAGUGGAAUGUGGUCGGAGCCGAAAUACUGCCACGCGCUGCUGAAUCUUCAGGCAGUCAGCCGUCCACGCCGCCUCCCGAAAGCCAAAGCGCAUUCAUCGGGGUGGAGCAUGGUGUGAACAUGAGUGUACACGAGAGAUCUUACAUACAAUAUAGGACAGCUAACUGUAGCGUUGAUCUUGGAAAGUUACUGCAUAGGCAACAGGAUCAUUAUUUGGAGGCUUUACGGAGUAAGGAGUGGGCGGAACAAGCGGCAUGGCGACCUCAACUGCCGCCGCCAGGUUGGCGAUUGCGUGGAUCUUUGGUCGCCCAUCUACACGAGCAUCGAGGUCCAAUAACGAAAUUGGCGCCCCUGCCCGAAACCCCGUUUUUCGCCAGUUCCUCUAAGGACGGAUUCAUUCGAAUAUGGGACUGUUCGAAAAUGGAAGGGAAAAAUAUCGCAAAUAGAUCUAAACAAAGUUACAGGGUGCCUGGCGGUGUGAGCAUUUCGGGGAUGGCGGUGUGCGAAAACGGGCAGUCUCUGGCGGCAGCUGCCGAUGAUGGUUCAAUUUUAGUUUUAAGGGUCGAACCGACCAGUAGCAGGAUGACACUUGUCCAAGCGAGACAGCUGAAUGCAGACGAAGAUGGGUGUGCCGUAGACGUGCAAUAUUUAGAUGCGGGUCCCCAGAGUGUUUUGGUUUAUGCCACUUUGUAUGGCUCGUUAGUAGGCUGGGAUUUGCGCGCGUCAGGAACAUCCUGGAGAUUAGAAAAUGGUCUCAAGCAAGGCGUCAUAACAUCAUUUUGUUUAGACUCUCAUCAGAAUUGGAUUACAAUCGGAACGAGCAGUGGUUAUCACAUAGCUUGGGAUUUACGAUUUCAACUGCCAAUAGCAACAGUGGAACAUCCUUCAGCUGCACGAAUCCGAAAGGUGAUCAGUCAUCCAACCGAACAAUCGUGGAUAAUUUCAAGUGUUCAGGGAAAUAAUGAGAUAUCAAUGUGGAAUUUGGAAACGGGAUUUAGACAGAUUACUUUGUGGGGCAGCAACUCUCCGCCUUUCUCCAAGGCACAUGGAAAUAACCAAAGUGUUUGCGCAAUGCAGGCAGGUUGCAUUGACCGCGCCGGCUUUCUUCUGGCAGGUGGUACCGAUCAACGAAUCCGGUUUUGGGACUUGGAAAGUCCCACCGAAUCCUAUUUGGCUAUUCCCGCUCCUAACGAUCCGCUAAUUGGUAACGCCCUGACCUAUGAUAGGCGACUGAUUGACGGUACGAGCGUAAUAUACGCAGUCGCGCAACCGAGUCAAAUAAAGGCAGGGAAAGGUGACGAGAUACCUCGAGGCGGACCGGAACCUCCUCCUCCCGGACAUCGUGAUUGUAUAAGUGAUAUUUCUCUUUGCAAGGCAUCGCAAUGCUUUUUGCUUAGUGCUUCUCGAGAUGGAGUAAUCAAAGUUUGGAAGUAGAUUUUAUUUCAAAUGUCAGAAGAUUCGAUCUUUAAUUUAUUCAAAGUCGUAUGUUAGUAGGCAAUUUUUGUACAUUUAGUUUUGUACUGCAACCUGUACUGUGAUUUUAAUGAAUAAUAAGUUUAAACAAA